AUGGCCCGCCCCAAGAAAGGCCCUAUCGCUCCUCGAACUGUGUCCAACAGGGUCAUCCCACCACUGACAGGUAUAGAACCCUCAAGAGACGCCGUCUUUGAUCCAUCAGAUGUCGCGUCGGACGCCAAGGUGAGGAGUAUCGAAUCCAGUCCUAGCCUGGCAGAGGUUGAUGGAGUCCCUCCUGCUUGGGCAGAUGUUCGUGAGCCUGAGGACCGCGCUGCUCUCGCAAGUGCCAUCCCGUGGUUUACCUGCUACGAGGGCGGAAUGUACCAUAGCAAGAUGGUCUGCUACGGCUUUUUGCUUGAUGGUGAUUCUGGUAACCGCUGUCACAUAGAUGACGAGGUGGUCAUCACGAGGAUAGGGGGAGGCUGCAGCAAAGACAGAGACGGAAAUCUUAUGCUCAAGAAGGAUAUGGAUGAGCAGGAUGUUACUGUUAGGAGCCUAGCAAACAGGUCCAAAAACACGUCGCUGGGAAGAAAGCUGCCACAUCGGUAUAAUGUCAUGGCGUACUUUCGAGUUAUCUGCAUAUGGGCCGAGAAGAUAAACGGCAAGACGGGCUACAAGGUGCGCUUUGAGAAGCUGGACCUUUCAGAGAAGAGCUGGUGGGCUGAGAAGGGAACAGCCCUGCCAGACCCUGCUUCGCGGCGUUUCACGCAGGCCGAGUCUCGGCAGUGUGCUACUUGCCUUACACCCAGCACACAUGUGUACAAAGAGGGAUGGAUGUGUCUUAACAGAACGUGCCAGGAGUUCUGGAUGCUCGCUGGCUUGGAGCCUCCGAGAAACCUAACCUUUGAUGACAGGUUUCUUGAAGCCCGGGCUCAGCCUGGGCCGGAUAUGCAGCUUCACGGUGACUUGAUUCCAGACUUGCUCUCAACAAUUGAUGAGCACGAUCCGCUUGGCAGCUCCUCGCCUCUUUCCUGGAAAUCCGGGGUCGUGUGUCCGCUCUGUCAAAAGUGUAUACCUCGCCGUUUCUGGAACGGUUGGAAAUGCUCGGACACCCUUUCAGGGAAGGCACAAGGCGAAUGCCCGUUUGAAAAAUGGCUGAAAAUCCCUACGGUUCCCUUAUCGGCAGCGAUUGGUGGUAUCAACCUGUGUCGUAACAAGCGUACCGUAAUCAAAAAUCGCCAGUCUAGCUUCCUGCCCCAGAUUGAUGAUAGGUCUUUCGCUCCAUACAAGCUCAUUACAUACGGUCUUGGAGCUUCCGGGUAUAUCAUGCAUUUCGUUUCAAACGAGGUUAUCAAUAGCCGCCCGAGAGGUCCGAAUGAGCUCUUUGAGGAGUUGCAGAAGGCCAACCUGGGACUUAGACGAUAUCCCCUAGAUCAGGCCCAAGUCGCUGGUACCCUGACCGCUCAUUUCGUUACCAACUUUGGUGCACCGUACAAGUAUGUCGUGUCUGUUGACUCGCGAGGUUUUAGUGAAGCCUGCGAUCCGGUACUUCGAGCGUUGGGCCGUUUGACAUGGGCCACUAAGAACGCUGUCAGGAGCCAGGGUGGGAAUACCUACGAUCCCAAUGAGCUGCUCCUGCUAGGAUACUUUGAGGAACAGAAGAUUGGUUAUCAUGACGAUGGAGAAUCCUCACUAGGACCGACGAUUGCUACCCUUUCUCUUGGAUCACCUGCGACCAUGGCCGUGCGCAUGAAAUAUAAGUACUAUCACGGCUUUACCAAAGCAGGCAGGGAGAAAAACACCCUUCUCACGGAUGAUCCGAUCUUGCCGGAAUGCGAGAACUAUGUCAACCGGCAGAAACUCAAAGAACGGCUACUCAACGGGUCUAUCACUGACGACGAAUACAAGAAGGCUUGGUUUGACUCCUUCGCCGAGAACAAGAGCCGAAAUCUACCACCGGACAUAAUCAAAAUAAAGCUGAACCAUGGUGACAUGGUGGUGAUGCAUGGAGAGGGGGUUCAGAAGUACUACGAACAUGGUGUAAAACUUGAGAAGCGCGGCAAGUUGCGGUUCGCCCUGACAGCGCGGCAUGUGAAGAAAGAGGAGAUUCCAGAGCAAGACUGGCCAAAAGGGGACUUUACGUUGACAGACGAUCAAAUAUAUGAUGGGCAGUGA